GUUUCAUUAAUAGAGGUUGAUAAUUAUGCUGCACAACGUAAACCACAGCUUGAGAACAUACUAGACUGACGAGUUGGCGCAAUCAAAAGUAACACAAAUAUUGGAUUUGUUGGUGCUUACUAUAAACUUAUGACGCCGGGGAAAAUAAACCUUGGAUCUAACUGACGAAACAACCAUGAUUAUAGAAGGCAACGAUCCUCUCAGUAUGACGUCACCACACCGUGCAUCAGAGGGCGAUAUACACAAUGAUGAAGGGUUUGGGGUGCAAGAGAGGAGUUCCUCAUUAGAAGAUCAAACUGUCAUCGAAAUGGAUUCACAGAUUGACACGGCUCUGAGCUACACCGACGGGAAGACACCCGGAGAACUGAAAGACGGGAGAAUAGGAGAGCAGGAGGAUGACCCAGAUGAAACUGAACAACUUCUGGACAAACGGGAAGAAGGUGAUACUGAAGAACAGAAGAGUAGCAACACCGGAACUAAAUAUUGGGCGACCGGUAACUUCAUCAGCGUCGUAACGUCGCAGUGGUUAACACCGCUGUUCCGCGCCGCCAAGAAACGCGGACUAAACGACGACGACCUCUAUCACAUCUUGCCCGUGGACUCAGCGGAGAAAAACGCCAAGAUCUUUGCUCAGUUAUGGGAGGAAGAGAUAAAACAUCACGGUGGUAACGCGGUCAAAGCGUCACUGAGACGCGUCAUUCUGCGGUUCGUAUCGUGGCGUAUUCUUGGCUGUAUGCUCAUGGUUAUGUUAAGCCAGAUGACCGUAUUUCUUCUUUCCUCCGUUUCUAUCCGUGGCCUUCUCCAAUAUUCCGCGGAUGCGACUGCGCCCGUUUACCGCGGUAUUCUGUACGCGGUCAGCGCCAUGCUCUUCACGAUUCUCUACAACAUUACCCUCGGUGCAAACUACUUCAUCGCGGCUAGCACCGGGGUGCGGCUGCGAGGCGGUGUGGUGGCGCUUUUACUGCAGAAGGUUCUGCGGCUGCGUGGUCUUCACAAGACAUCGAUGGGUGAGAUUGUGAAUCUAUGUGUUAACGACGGGAACAGACUCCAUGAUGGAAUGGUGUUUACACCUUUGGUCGUUGGGGCGCCCGUGAUAUUCAUUUGCGCAUGCGUAUUCACGACUUACAUCUUGGGCAAAUCAGCUUUGAUUGGGAUGUUGGUCUACGCGCUAACAUAUAUUGCACAGUUCGCUCUAACAGGAGGUAAGGUGAUCUACCGUGCACGCAUGAUGAAAGAGACAGAUCAACGAGUUCACACCAUCAGUGAGAUGCUGACUAACAUCAAGUUCAUCAAGAUGUAUGCAUGGGAAGAUUGCUUCGAGAGGAAGGUCAAUGAACUCCGCCGAAGGGAACUACGACAUCUAGUUGGUUUGCGCAUUCUUCAUGGUAUCCAAAAGAGCUUCAACAUUUUUGUUCCAAUAGUAGCUGUUGUGGCCACAAUUAUGUUCAAGCUCUUUCUGAAAGAGAGUCUUUCCCCAGAUCAGGUGUUGACCUAUUUAGCUGUCAUCUACAGCAUGCGUUCGAUGCUCACCAUGACUCAGUAUGGUUUCCAAUACUUGAGUGAUAUCCUGGUGUCCAUACCACGUAUCAAGAACUUGCUGAUUCAAGAUGAGAUGCUACCCAUCACGGAUAGUGUCGAUGACUGGUCGAAUGCGAUCGAGAUGAACUCGGUGUCGGCUGCUUGGGAUGACUGCAGUAAAGACAAGAAGACUCAAUGCGAUACAGCUCGGGAUAAAGAAGAUCAUGACGUCAUUGACAGAGAAAAUGGUUCGUCGUCAGACCUCUAUGGAGCAUGCGCAUUGAAUGAUGUAUCGGUUGCAGUAAAAAAGGGAUCUCUUGUUGGUGUAUGCGGUAGCAUAGGGAGUGGUAAAACCAGCUUACUACACACCAUACUACAACAGACACACAUCCUAGAAGGGUCUAUAGCCGUAUCAGGGUCUUUGGCAUACACCUCCCAACAACCUGAUAUCUUCAACGCAACAUUACGUGAGAACAUCACCAUGUUCGGCGACCAUUGUGAAGAUGAAGUCGAGAAUGAGAACCAAGCUGAGAGAGUUCACAGUGAAGAGAGAUACUGGGAAGCGGUCAGGGUUUGUUGUCUGAGUGACGACAUCGCGGCGCUUCCAUGCGGUGGUCGUACGGAGAUCGGCGAGCGUGGUAUCAACCUGAGUGGAGGACAGAAGCAUCGUGUGAGUCUGGCUCGAGCUGUGUACGCUGAUCGAGACAUCUACUUACUGGAUGAUCCGUUGAGUGCAGUGGAUACAAGGGUAGCAGAACACAUCUACACAGAGUGCAUCGCAGGUAUCCUCAAGGAGAAGACCGUACUCUUAGUCACAACCAACCUACAGUACCUUAGCAAAUGUGAUGAGGUGAUUGUUAUCAGCAAUGGACGGGUGAUCGAACAGGGUACACACACGCAGCUUAUGACAGAUGAAGCCGAGUAUGCUCGCCUUCUACGAACAUUUGGCUCUGACCACGACAAAACAGCAGACGACUACAUCAGCAAGCAGAACGAAGACGAAAGCACCGAUAACGAUGACCUCUUGGCAAAUUGCUCGACGAGAACUCUGAAUGAAGAGGACUGUCUAGAUGAAAACAUUGAGGGUCAGUUGGUGGACGCAGAGACCCAAAAGCAGGGUGCAGUCAGCACAGGGACCUACCUGGCCUAUUUCAAAUACGCAGGAGGCAUACUUUCAUGUUUCCUUUCUUUACUCUUGUAUAUUCUAUCACCAGCAAGUGCUGCAUUCAACAACGUCUGGCUUAGUCAUUGGCUCAGCGCGGGCAGUGGCAUUCCUCAAAAUGGCACCCAGCUACAGUCAGAAGAUGAACAAGAUAUUCUGAAGAAUCCUGAAUUCCACUUUUUCAGGGAUGUCUAUCUUUAUAGCUUUCUGAGUGUGUUUGUAAUAUGUAGUCUUCGUAUAGUUUAUUAUGUAAUGAUUACGCAGAGGGCGUCGUUCAACCUUCAUCGAUCCCUCUACAAGCAGGUCUUCAGUUGCCCGAUGGAAUUCUUUGAUACCACUCCAUCGGGAAGGGUCCUGAAUCGAUUCUCUCGUGACAUUGAUGAAGCAGAUAAUGAAGUCCCGAACGCUCUCGAGACGGCCCUCUGGACAUUUCUCAGUGUGUUUGCAGGUAUUGUAAUUGUCAUCAUGGUCUUUCCCUGGUUUAUCGUCUUUGUUGCCAUCAUUGCUAUUGUCCUUGUGUAUUUGUCUCGAAUGUUUCUACCAGCUAUUCGUGAUAUCAAACGUAUUGAAAACAUCAAACGAUCACCACUCAUCGGACACGUUAAAGCUACAGUCGAGGCUCAGACCACCAUCCGGGCAUUUGGCAUGGGAGAACUCUUCAUUAAACGCUGUAACAAGCUCUUAGACACCAGCGCUGUUCCAAAGAUGCUAUUUUUAAUGGGACAACGAUGGUUGGCAUUCAGACUGGACCUAUGCGUAGCAGUAGCCCAACUGCUACUUGGUCUAUCUGUCGUUUUUACACACAACACUACUGCUGCCGCUUUUGCCGGACUGGCUCUUGCUUACUCCGUACAGUUCCUAGGGACACUUCAAUUUUCUGUUCGACUUAUCACGAUCACACAGGCCCGUUUCACAUCCAUUGAACGCAUUACCGAUUAUAUCAAAAGAUUGAUACCAGAGGGGGGCACCGGGAAAAAGCAUAUAUUAAAAAGUGAUGUGGAGAGUUGGCCCAAACAUGGAAAUAUCACAGUUGAUUCACUUCAACUCAAAUAUCGAGACAACCUUCCGACUGUGUUGAAAGGUAUUUCUUUCCAUGUCAAUUCUAAAGAGAAAAUUGGAAUCGUUGGAAGAACUGGAUCAGGCAAAUCGUCCAUUGCAGUAGCCCUAUUUCGUCUCGUCGAAGCAACCUCUGGCAGAAUCCAUAUCGAUGACCUCGACAUUGGGAGCAUCCGUAUCAGGGAGCUUCGUUCACGUAUCUCCGUGAUUCCUCAGGAUCCCGUUCUCUUUACAGGAACUCUUCGUUUCAACCUAGAUCCAUACGAACAGUACUCCGGCGCUCAGAUUUGGGAUGCUUUAGAUAAAACAUACAUGAAAAAAAGCAUUGCUGGUAUCCAGCAGCAACUUGAAGUCCGGGUGAGGGAAAAUGGCUCUAACUUUUCCACUGGAGAAAGACAACUGCUCUGUCUAGCAAGAGCUCUCCUGCGCAACUCUACGAUACUGUUCCUUGACGAAGCGACUGCGACUGUUGAUGCUGAAACAGACAGUCUGGUCCAAAGUACAAUCAGAACAGCUUUUUCAAACUGCACAGUUCUGACCAUAGCCCAUCGUCUUCACACAGUCCUAGACUCUGACCGUAUUCUUGUCUUAGAUGAUGGUACCGUCCUGGAGAUGGAUACUCCAGCAGCACUUCUUGCCAACCCAGACUCCAGACUAAACGCUCUCUUGAGCUCAGGACAUGACGUUUCAGUCAAUCAAACCAACCAUUGUGGACACAAUUAGAACGUUUCCUAUGAGCAGGAUUAGAGUGAAGGAUGUGGGACUAGGCCAUGAUUUGUAGAUUUCAGCUUUGACACUUCUGUUUAGGUUGGAAGACAGGAGAAAGUCCAUCGGUAAUAAUAUAACCGGCUUAUUGAUCCUAGACCCCAUGUGGUAAUACAGCUCAUAUUGCUUGCAUACUUUUCCUUUGUUGGGGGUAUCCCAUUGAUAUAUUAUGUAAUGUGUGUCUCAUUUCAAGAUUUGGUAAGGGGUAGCUAGGUGUCGAGUUAGAUGUAAGUAAAGGUUGUUUGUUUGUAUUAUUUCCUUCAUAUAAAAAGAAAAUACAAUGAAGGAAAAAAUACGAAUAAUAAUAAAAUUCAUAAACAUAUACAAAAUUAUACGGAUAACACAAGUAAGAAAAUUAAUAUGGCAUUAAAAUGGGGAACAAAUUAAGAACGGAAGAAUGUACCACGAAGUAAACAAAAACAGAGAAACAGGCGGCUGGAUCGAUAGCCUAUUUUUCAGCUGCAACUUGCAUAGUUAUUUCAAAAGUGUACAAGGCAAAAAACAAGAAGAACAAUUUUUUUUUUUAAGAAUACAAAAGGGCUGUAGAGGCUCCAAAUUCAUUCCCCACAUUUUGGUGCGUAACAGGGAUAUCAAAGUUUAAAAUCACCCAAUACAGGUGUAAACAGUUCCAGCAGUAACGAUUUUAAAUUCUAGUACAACUAUUUAUUUAUAUCUUAUCACAA